ACCAAUCAACUCAAAGGCUUUCUUCAUAGAAAAAAAAAGUUUUUGCUUUCACAAUUUGUUGCGGUAGCUAUCUUAUUCUACAAACACUUCCAAAAGAAAUAUGGCAAUCAGCAUCGGGCACAUCUUCCGUGCAAAGCACGGACUCAGAAGGUCUUCUUCGAGAAGAAACACAGAAAGUGAGGUUCCUAAGGGUCACUUUGCAGUUUAUGCAGGCAAGAACGAAAAGAAGCGAUUCGUCAUUCCAAUCUCAUACUUGAAGGACCCUUCAUUCCAAGACUUGCUAAGCCAAGCUGAAGAAGAAUUUGGGUUUGACCAACCCAUGGGUGGACUUACAAUUCCUUGUCUAGAGGAUACCUUUAUCGAUGUCAUCUCUAGUAUAAGAAGUAGAUAUUGAAAAAAAUCAGUAAGCAUAGUUUUUAGUUAGCAGAAUUUUUUGCAGAGAAAUGUACACUUGUACAACAUUCUUUGUUCACAUGAUUUGAUUGGGAAAUAUAACUUUCUGAUAAUU